AUGGUGCUCGUAGACGGUACUGGUGAUGGCUGUUGCUGCUGCCUGCUCCCUGCUGCUGGUGCUGCUGGUGGUCGUGGUGGUCGUGGUGGUCGUGGUGGUCGUGCUGGUGGUGGUGCUGCUGGUGGUGGUGCUGGUGGUGGUGCUGGUGGUGGUGCUGGUGGUGGUGGUGGUGCUGGUGGUGGUGCUGGUGGUGGUGCUGGUGGUGGUGCUGGUGGUGGUGCUGGUGGUGGUGCUGGUGGUGGUGCUGGUGCUGGUGCUGGUGGUGGUGGUGCUGGUGGUGGUGGUGCUGGUGGUGGUGCUGGUGGUGGUGCUGGUGGUGGUGCUGGUGGUGGUGCUGGUGGUGGUGCUGGUGGUGGUGCUGGUGGUGGUGCUGGUGGUGGUGCUGGUGGUGCUGGUGGUGGUGCUGGUGGUGGUGCUGGUGGUGGUGCUGGUGGUGGUGCUGGUGGUGGUGCUGGUGGUGGUGCUGAUGGUGGUGCUGGUGGUGGUGCUGGUGGUGGUGCUGGUGGUGGUGCUGGUGGUGGUGCUGGUGGUGGUGCUGGUGGUGGUGCUGGUGGUGGUGCUGGUGGUGCUGGUGGUGGUGCUGGUGGUGCUGGUGGUGCUGGUGGUGGUGGUGGUGCUGGUGGUGGUGGUGGUGGUGGUGCUGGUGGUGGUGCUGGUGGUGGUGCUGGUGGUGCUGGUGGUGGUGCUGGUGGUGCUGGUGGUGCUGGUGGUGGUGGUGGUGCUGGUGGUGGUGGUGGUGGUGGUGGUGGUGAUGGUGGUGGUGCUGCUGCUGGUGCUGCUGCUGCUGCUGCUGCUGCUGCUGCUGCUGCUGCUGCUGCUGCUGCUGCUGCUGCUGCUGCUGCUGCUGCUGCUGCUGCUGCUGCUGCUGCUGCUGCUGCUGCUGCUGCUGCUGCUGCUGCUGCUGCUGCUGCUGCUGCUGCUGCUGCUGCUGCUGCUGCUGCUGCUGCUGCUGCUGCUGCUGCUGCUGCUGCUGCUGCUGCUGCUGCUGCUGCUGCUGCUGCUGCUGCUGCUGCUGCUGCUGCUGCUGCUGCUGCUGCUGCUGCUGCUGCUGCUGCUGCUGCUGCUGCUGCUGCUGCUGCUGCUGCUGCUGCUGCUGCUGGUGCUGCUGCUGCUGCUGCUGCUGCUGCCAUAUACGCCAACGACUUUGGGUGUUCGCUGCGGCAUCUGGGCAUGGGGGAGAGCGUGAGGGAGGCGAGGUCGUGGGUCCAUAUACGCCAACGACUUUGGGUGUUCGCUGCGGCAUCUGGGCAUGGGGGAGAGCGUGAGGGAGGCGAGGUCAUGGGUGUGAAGUGCAACUGGCCUGUGGCCUCCAUAAUUUAUGGCGCCAACAGCAGCGCAUUUGCGAAUCCUACUGCACCCAUCUCCACUGCACCCAGCGCUGCACUGGCUGCCCCCUAUGGCCUCAUCAAAGUUACCAGCAAGCAUGGCGAGCAGCUUCAGGCGAAGCGUGUCGUCAUCACUGUCCCUCUGCCUGUGCUGCAAGCGGGGGAUAUCCGCUUUGACCCGCCCCUCCCAGCACCCAAGCAGCGGGCGAUAGGAGCGGUGCGCAUGGGGUGUGCCGUGAAGGAGCAUGCGGCCAAGCACCAAGCGAUAGGCGCUGUGCGCAUGGGGUGUGCCGUGAAGGUGCUCAUGGCCUUCUCUAGCCGAGUGUGGCCCACCCACCUCUUUGACAUAGUCUGCACCGACUCCUUUCUGCCCGAAGUAUGGUUCACCCGCCGCUCGCCCUCUUCCCUCCCCACCACACCCUCCACCUCCACUCCUGCUGCGCCUAUAGCUGCAGCUGUCCCCCCUCCCUCGGUCCCCAUGGGUCAGUUCCUCGCAGUCGGAUUCGCAGCAGGCGAUGCAGCGGAAGCCAUGGCGAGGCUGCCGCCCCAACUGGUGAUUUCCCGCGCUCUGGAGCAGCUAGACGCCAUGUUUGGCCGCCCGUGCUCCACCUGCAAACCAGGGCCGGACAGUAUCAGGGUAACUCAGACCUGCCCGGAAAAGUCUCAUGGAAAGGACGCAAGCGGGUUGAGUGGGGGCUGCCAGGCGCAUGGGCUGCAGCUACAGGCACUACCAAAUGGUGCUUCAGACAGCAGUGUUGGCACCUUUGUCGUGCCAGCAGCAUCAAUGGAACCACCCAGCAGCAGCAGGAGUACUGGCCCCUCGUGCCCUGCUGCUGCUGCUGCUGCUGCUGCUGCUGCUGCUGCUGCUGCUGCUACCCCUCCUCUCUGCACCUCCUGCCACCCAGCUUCUGCAUGCUUCAUUUCAGGCUGCUUCGCUGACUGGUCCAAGGACGUUUAUAUCCGUGGCGCCUACACGCAUCCAACGAUUGGAGCAGGGGAUGCAAGGGACCAGCUGGCGGUGCCUGUGGCUGGGAAGCUCUUCUUUGCUGGGGAGGCCACGCACUUCGGUGUGAACCCGUGCAUGCAAGGGGCGCUGGACACGGGUACAAGAGUGGCUAAUGAAGUGUUUUGGUCGCUUCAGGAGAGCAGGUUAUAG